GAACAACGGCUUGUACGACUAUAGUUUCAGUGACUACUUACAAGGCACUCCCAGUCGGUUGACAAGAGCAGUGACUACGUGUGAGGCUCCGAUAACGGACGGCGUAUUGACAACUCACAUCAAAGAGACUAGGCGGCGCAGUACGCGGCUGUAUCUACUCCGACACGGAUUGAUAUCAAUCCGUACCAACAUCAAGUCGCCGUUACUAGGGCUCCUUGCACGCACGCAUUCAACACUCGGUUGGAAAUGCAGCGGCCAUCGCGGAGACUCUGGUGACCAGUGCUGCCAUGCCUACACGGGUGUUGAUCCACGACUACCCUCAUCGGACUCUGGCAUUGGCCACUGACGAACAUGUGCUGGUCUUUCGACACACCCAUUCCCCUCCGCCGGAGGGCUCAAAGAUAUCGAGCACGACCAGCCUACCAUCGGAGAAUUUGAACCGUUCGAAUCUAACUCCGCGAUGUAUGGUGGAGUUUGGCGAAAGAUCAUCCAUCGACCUGACCCUGUUUCACUCAGUAGCCGCCGCUAAGGGCACCUUGGGGCUGAUCACGCUCAACAACGAUGUUUUUCUUUGUGUCAUUACCGGCUCGGAGAUUGUGGCUACGGUCCGACCCGGAGAGCUGGUGCACAAGAUUUUUGCGGUCGAGUUCUAUUGCCUCAAUCGUGCGGAUUACGACCAUGCCUAUGGUCCAUACCCGAACCCAUACCCCGGACAGACCUUCCAAUCGGAUGAUGUCGAUUACGGAGGAGGUUAUGACCAGAGUGACUCAAGCGCCGAGCACCCUUUUCAUGCCUUGAAGAAGCUCUUGAGCAACGGGCACUUUUACUACAGCGUCGACUUUGACCUUACACGACGACUUCAGGACCGUGCCGAGGAGUUCUCUACGGUCGACAUCUCCAGCCUUGAUGAAGGGCUUCUGUGGAAUUCUUACAUGAUCGACCCUCUCUUGAAAUUCCGAAGCAGGCUGACUGACCACGAGCGUAACGAGCUUGAUCGGUCCCGACUUCUGACUUCGGUCAUUCGGGGGUUUGUCCAGACUCUCACCGUACCGCCCUCGUCAUCCCCGAUUCGCGGCACCACGCCGGGCUUACCAACUACUUUGACAGUAAUCUCAAGACUGUCGUCAAGACGUGCAGGGACACGUUUUAACUCUCGAGGCAUCGACGACGAUGGCAAUGUGGCCAACUUUGUCGAGACCGAAACCGUCUUCUGGUCCAAUACCGGUCUAUGCUUUUCAUACGUGCAGAUCCGUGGCAGUAUUCCUAUCUUUUGGGAGAGUUCAAGUAGCUUGAUCCCGGGACAGCAGAAGAUCCAGAUCACUCGUUCGCCAGAAGCCACGCAGCCCAGCUUUGACAAACACUUUGCUAAUUUGGAAAGGACAUAUGGGGCCGUGCAUAUCGUCAAUCUGCUGAGCGCGUUCAAGCCUGGUGAAGUGGAGUUGACGGAAAGAUAUCGCUAUCAUGUAGCGAGGAGCCCCCUUCGACGUCAUGAAGAGGGCGAAAUGGAAGAACAUCAUCUACUUCGCGAGACAGAAUUCGACUUCCACGAGAAGACCAAGGGCGCCAGUGGUUACGAGGGAGCCCGAGCCAUUCGACCAUAUCUGGAACCUAGUUUGGAGUCUUUUGUCUACUUCCUUUCGGAAGAUAUUUCUGAGGAGACGGUCAUCGACGGAAAGAAGACCAGAGUCAAAAGACCGGUGGUGGUCAUGCAGCAAAACGGAGUGUUCCGUGUCAAUUGUCUGGAUUGCUUGGACCGCACGAACCUCAUUCAGGGCAUGAUCAGUCAAAUGGCCCUUGAGUUGUUUCUAUCGCAUCGUGACGAGCGAGGAAAUUCCGAUUUCUGGAUGCGUCAUUCCACGUUAUGGGCCGACAAUGGGGACGCGCUGUCGAAAAUCUACGCCGGAACGGGUGCGCUGAAGAGUUCAUUCACCAGACAUGGGAAAAUGAGUCUCGCUGGGGCCAUUGCCGAUGCAAGGAAAAGUGCAACACGACUCUAUGUAAACCACUUCGAAGAUAAAAACAAACAAAACACGGUCGAUCUUCUGCUUGGACGACUGGUCGGUCAAAAUAGUGUUGACCUAUAUGAUCCCGUCAACGAUUGGGUCGUUGCGGAAGUGGCAAGGCGACGAGCCGAGUUCGAGACGAGAGACCAGAUUAAUUUGGGUAUGGGCACCUAUAACUUGAACGGAAAGACAAUGGGAGCCAACGAAGACCUUAGUCCGUGGUUGGACGUUCGUGGCAAAGAUCUUGAUAUCGUCGUCGUGGGCUUUCAAGAGCUCGUGGAGUUAAGUCCACAACAAAUCAUGAGCACAGACCCCAAGCGACGGGUUCUCUGGGAGACGGCAGUGAGAAACUGUCUCAACGGAUAUGGACAAGAGAAAUCGGAUGGCCUUCCAGGCAACGAAGACGAAUAUGUGCUUUUGAGAAGUGGUCAACUCGUCGGCGCCGCUUUGAUGGUUUUUGUUCGGUCUAGUCUUCUCGGCCGCAUCAAGAACGUUGAGGGGGCAAUCAAGAAGACUGGCAUGAGCGGAAUUGCCGGUAACAAAGGCGCGGUGGCCAUCCGAAUGGAUAUUGAAAGUACAUCGGUUUGCUUCGUCACUGCACAUCUAGCCGCGGGAUUUGCAAACUAUGAGGAGCGAAACCGAGACUACAACACCAUCACGUCGGGGUUACGGUUUCAACGCAACCGAAGUAUCGAAGACCACGAAAUUAUCGUUUGGGCCGGUGACUUCAACUACCGCAUUGGACUAGGCUAUGAAAAGGUGAGGGCACUGGUCAGCCAGGCCAUGACCGGCCCAGAGAAGGUCCGGGAAGAAGCAUUGGGGAAGCUAUACGAAAACGACCAGUUGAACAUUCAGAUGGUGGUGGGAAAUUGCUUCAACUACUACCGAGAAGGGCGGGUCAAGUUCUUGCCCACUUACAAAUACGACAUUGGCACGGACGACUUCGAUUCCAGUGACAAGCAACGUAUCCCCGCCUGGACCGACCGGAUUGUCUGGAAAAUCAACCACAGAAGCACGGCCGUGCAAGCCGGCGAGAUUUUAGGCACGCAGAUGAAGCAGUUGGAAUAUAAUAGCGUCAUGGCCCUUCGAUUCAGCGAUCACAAACCUGUCUAUGCAACGUUUGAGAUGGGUAUUCUGGUCGUGGACGAGGAGAAAAAGGAAGCCCUGACCAAGAAAAUGUACGCUAAGAGAGCGAAAGAGAUGAAAGUACAUGCGGGCGAUUCAACUGAGGGGUUUGAAGAGAUCAGCAGUGAAGGGGAAGAAGACGAGAACGAAAGCGUUGUGGGAUACGAAAGUAUCCAGGAAGGAUUGCCGCCUGCCAGCAGCGACAGGAGAAAAUGGUGGCUCGACGGGAACAAAGCAGCUCGAAGCACGGUCCGACCUCCGAAAGAAGGGAUGAUGUUGAACAAGAAUCGUGAGGGUAAUCCAUGGAGAGAAAGUACUGAAGAUGAAUGGGUACAGGUCGAGAGGCCUUUGGGCGUGGACAGCAAUGGCGGCGGCGCCGGCAGCAACGCUAACUUCAAUUCCGCCGCUGGCAGUAGAGCUUCCAGCAGGAAACCUGACCCUCCACCAUCUCGAGGAACUAGAAGGAUGGUCCCGCCUCCGUGGGAAGGAGAGAGACAAGUCUCUUCAUCCACAAUACCGAAAUCGAAUAACACAUCGCUUCAAGCACCCGCACCACCGACUCCACGACGUGUUUCUGCCGCCUCUGGAAUCAGCACCACCACCACCACUACGGCCAAUUCCAAUACCACCGUUUCAUCAUCAUCAACGAUCCAGCCAGUCACAAGUCGAGGGCCUGGAUCUCAGUCUGCUUCUCCUCAAGUCUCUUCGUCUAGAGCCCUGUCCACCACCCCACCUACAAUGGCAAUGGCAAUGGCAAAGAAACUCCCACCGCCAAAACCAGCCAAACCAUCAAAUUUGACUUCGCCAUCACCGACUCCGACUCCGACUCACACUGAAAUUCAUCCUCCACGAACAAGUCCAACUGAAGACCAACAGCCUCCGCCAUUACCCAAGCGGACGGGGACAACUAGUUCCACAUCAUCGUUCGUCAGUGCCCGAGAUUCAGUGUCGUCUGAGCCUGCAGGAGCUCACAAAGGAACUCCUACUCCUCCACAACCUCCACCGCGUGGUGUGUCACUGCUGCAGCAGAGUCAAAAGCAAAGUCAAAGCCAGAGACCACAGACGCGCGAUGGUGGCAGCGGUAGUAGUAUUGGUUCCGUUGUCCAGUCUCAGUCUCCACGAAUCAGUAGCGCUCCAUCCCGUCAGCCUCACGCAGAGUCGGAAGUUGCACCACCUUUACCGCCACGGAGGACGAACAUAAACAGUUCUGCUUUGAAUGACAGUAACGGCGGUCCCGAUAUGUCUAGGAUGGAUUCCAGCCGGUAUACCAAUGGUAUUGGCAAGGAACCUACCGGCGAUUUAUUGGGCACUGACGAUUCCGAUUCCGAUUCCGCGGCGGGAAGACGUGGGCUGGAUAAGUACAAGCCUCUCUUACCUGGCUGAAUGAGAUCUUGACCGCACGCAGACGAUUUGUGCCAAAGAGGACGGGACGUGGCCAAGGUGGUCGGUCAUUGGUCGUCUAUGUCCUUGCAACGGAUGGAUACAGUAUGUGUCUUGUCUCUACCCUACCUGGGGUCUUUGCGUUUGACUGCAGGUGGUGGGCUGCCAGUGCCAGUGUGCUGGAAAAUGAGAAUGAAAAUGCAAAUGGAAUACUGAAUCAAAAUCAGAACCAGAACCAGAAUCAGCUGUAUCAUGUACAGUACUAACUGCCAGAUAUCGAUCUACUUUGGUACCUAGGUUUAGGUAGUAUUAGUAGUCCCUACAGUACCUUGCAUAGCAAUACGCAAGCCUGGCUUAUCUAUCUACUGUCAACCACUAGUAUGUCGCAACGUUUAACAGAUCUCCUAGGGGCUACGGUGCCAUGGAACAGAAAUGGAAUACUAGUAAUCAUCAGA